AUGGUCAAUAGUCCGCAUUUUUUGGGCUACUCAAGGCUUGGUGCAGAAAUUACGGCUUUGAAACCUGAUCAUCGUGAACAAUUCGAUUUUGCAACCGAACUCCCUGCACCUGGUCCAAACGAACCUUUGUAUAGGAAUGUGGUCGGUCCUAACCAGUGGCCAGAUGAAACGGCAAUCCCUGGAUUUCGUGAAUCAUUCGACACAUAUCUAUCGGAAGUGAGCAGCCUAGCAGAGUUGUUCCCAGGAUUGAUUGCAGAGGCAUUAGAUCUCCCGUCAACUGCAUUCAAUCAAGUCUUUGAUACCCCCCAGCAACAUAAACUAAAGUUGAUCAAGUACCCUCCCCCACUUGGAGAUAGCAAUGAGUCCGGAUUUCAAGGUGUUGGUCCUCAUAAAGAUUCCGGAUUCCUCACAUUCCUUUUGCAGGGUACACCUCACCAUGGUCUCGAGGUCCAAAAUAAGACCGGGACAUGGAUUCCUGCUUCGCCACUCCCGGGAACAUUGGUUAUUAACAUUGGCCGCUCCUUGGAGGCGCUGACUGGGGGGAUCUGCACGGCAACCACUCACCGCGUAAGCUUACGGCCGGAGAACUUCCAAGACAGUGCGGGCUCUUUAGGACCUAGAUUCUCCUUCCCGGUUUUCCAGGGAGUUAGUCUCGAUCUUUCUGCCGAUAAGAUCUCUUUGGAGAUCCCAGUUCAUAUCCGUGCUCUGGUGAAAAAUGACAAGGUCAAAUCCGAUGCAGAGGCAACUUUUAACGAAAUAUUCCGUGGGAGCAUUGGCGAGGGCACCUUCAUUGCUCGGGUGACCAGUCACCAAGAUGUUGGACAGCGAUGGUAUCCAGAAAUCUUAGAGAAAGCACUGAAGGGUCAGAAGGAUUUUCUUAGCUAUUAA